GCAUCCUCCACGCGGGUCUGGCGUGCCUUUUCGUCACAUGACGACGUGUCGGUUUACAAACACUAGGCAUUCCUUUCUUUUGCCUCUGGUGAAGGAGAGAGAAUGGAGGGAUGGGGUGAUGGUGAACGGGAAAGAGAAGAAUAAUCAUCAGCAAGGCUCUUCGACUUGGGAAACGGAUGUGUGUGAAACUGGAACCGAUCGCUUGAGGUGUGUGUGACGUAUAAGUCGGUGCAGUGAGGUAGAUGUCCGGGAUAUACACGAGCAGAACGGGAGGCCCGCGUGACUGCUGCAGGGAAGAGAGAAGAGGACAGGGGGUUGAGUUUGUGUGGUCCAUCGCAAAACUCCCAUGGAGGUAAAAUAUGGAAAGAGGAGGAAUAGCAAAUGAAAACAGCACAAACGGCUCAAGGAGAAUGGACUUUCUAUAAUUGAUUUACGUUUACUUUCGACGGAUUUAAGUAAUUUCUUAACCUGAGCAGUUUGCCGACGGGACCGAUUAAGAUCUGAUCAAGAGCUAUCUCUCUCAUCCUUGGGAUAGGUCAGGUAGUCGGACCUUCGUGAGGACAGGACACCUCGGACCUGGUUUCGAUGCUUGUUCCUCGUUACCUUGACAAGAUCCAGACCCACUCACCGCCACACAACACAUAUGGUUUCUCAUUACGGUAGAAACAACGGGAUAUCUGGUGCUUAAUAACCGGUGCUGCUACAGGACUGCGGCCUCGGGGCUCCGCCCACCGCAAUGCUAUGGGGCCUUGGGAGGUAGAGAUAUGGAGAGAAAAUAACGGAGCUGUGUGUCGUAAAUGCAUUCAGGUUCUCAAAGAUUAGCCCUAGCUAUUUUUCUUAUUUUUCCCCUCACGUGAACAUGUUGACGUUUGUCUGGGGUGCAGAUGUAAUAGGACAUUUGCACUCUGCUAAGCAGCUAUUGCUGUUUUCAUAUGCUAAAUAGCCCAGUCUUCUGAGUUGAGAGUUUUUGGAAACCGCAUUGUGGCGCGUCAGGAUCGAACCUUGGGGAUUAUUGCACAACGACUUUGUCAUCUACCAAUUGACCAUCCAGGGCCAAAGUGAAAAGGGGUGAUUUUUUUAAAGCAACAAACUCUCCAUCUCUCUUUUACACACACACACCGCAUAUAGGCUUACACACACGCACACAUACACAGGCUCACCACUCUCCACACACACACAGGCUCACCACUCUCCACACACACACAGGCUCACCACUCUCCACACACACACAGGCUCACCACUCUCCACACACACACAGGCUCACCACCCUCCACACACACACAGGCUCACCACUCUCCACACAUACACAGGCUCACCACUGUCCACACACACACAGGCUCACCACUCUCCACACACACACAGGCUCACCACUCUCCACACACACACAGGCUCACCACUCUCCACACACACACAGGCUCACCACUCUCCACACACACACAGGCUCACCACUCUCCACACACACACAGGCUCACCACUCUCCACACACACACAGGCUCACCACUCUCCACACACACACAGGCUUACCACUCUCCACACAUACACAGGCUCACCACUGUCCACACACACACAGGCUCACCACUCUCCACACACACACAGGCUCACCACUCUCCACACACACACAGGCUCACCACUGUCCACACACACACAGGCUCACCACUCUCCACACACACACAGGCUCACCACUCUCCACACACACACAGGCUCACCACUCUCCACACAUACACAGGCUCACCACUGUCCACACACACACAGGCUCACCACUCUCCACACAUACACAGGCUCACCACUCUCCACACACACACAGGCUCACCACUCUCCACACAUACACAGGCUCACCACUGUCCACACACACACAGGCUCACCACUCUCCACACAUACACAGGCUCACCACUCUCCACACAUACACAGGCUCACCACUCUCCACACACACACAGGCUCACCACUCUCCACACACACACAGGCUCACCACUCUCCACACACACCAGCCAUGCCACCCCCGUCAGACUCGAGCAGUGUAGUGUCUGCCUCUGGGUCUAGGGGCUGGUCAGAUAGCUGCCGGGGCAUGUCUGGCCGUCAGGGUGGGGCCAAACUGCUGCUGUACCUGGGGCUGUGCCACCUGGGCCUGGGGGCCAUGGUCCUGGCCUUCUCCUUCACCAGCAUGGCCUUCACAUCCUCAGCCCGCGUCCGACAGUCCUGCCCCUUCUGGGCCGGCUUCUUUGUUGUGGCAUCAGGGUUAGUUGGACUUAUCUCAUGGAGAAGACCACUCACUCUGGUGGUGUCCCUCUUCAUGCUGCUGUCUGCUGUGUGUGUCAUCCUUAGUCUGGCUGGAUCCAUGCUCUCCUGUCAGAACGCACAGAUGGUCAAGUCGCUCCUCACCUGCCAGGUGGAGAAUGGGUUGUGUGUGUGUUGCGCCCCAACACACUCCUGCUCUAUAAACGAGGAGGAGACCCUGGUACUCUACCUAAACGCAGACUGCCACUCUGUCAGACAUCAGCUCAAGGACCUGUUGUUCAGUGCUUGUGGUCUGAGUAUUCUCUCUACCAUCAUCUGUACUCUCUCUACUGUCACCUGUAGUAUACACAUCUUCUCCCUGGACCUAGUGCACCUGCUCGCCCCGCACCGCUCUCGCUCCGUCAACCCAGAAUGCACCACUCCUCAGGACGCCUUCCUGACCAACAUCAUGGACUUUGAGGAGUUUGUCCCGCCCAUCCCUCCGCCCCCCUACUACCCCCCUGAAUACACAUGCAGCUCUGAGACAGACGCACAGAGUAUCACUUAUAACGGGUCGAUGGAGAGUCCAGUUCCUCUGUACCCCACUGACUGUCCCCCUCCUUACGAAUUAGUGAUGGGACAGAGAGCAGCAAGCCAGGCCACGGUGUUUGACAGCCAUGGGAAUGACCUGUCUGGAGAGAGGGCCACAUCCACUGCCUUCAGCGGAGAGGUCUCCAUGGACAGUGGUUCUCUGUUGAUGUCGGAGAUCAUUGACAUCCCAGAUGACUCCUCACCUUCAGAGGACUCCUGCCUCGUGGGGGUGAGGGCUAGGGGGGAGAGAGCGAGCACCGGGGGAGUGGAGGGGGGAGACGGGGGAGAAGGAGGGGAGUAUGUGAGCUUCCGUGGCCCCCCUCCCCAAGCCCUGGAGAGUCCCCUGGUAGAGAGUCCCCUGGUGGGCCCCAGGGCCAGGCGAUGCUACAGAGGAGAGAGGUCCAACUCCUGCUCCUCAUCUAGCACUGCUACAGCUACAUACAGGUCUCCAGUGUUGAGGCGACAGGCUAUGUUGGCCAGUAGUUGUUCCCAGUUGGAGCUGCUAGGGUGCUCCUCUAUCCUAGAGAAACGAGUCGGACUUUGCACCCCUUUACGACGCGAUUCCACCUCUGCAGCUCCUCCCACUUCCUCAUCCUCAGCUGUCAAUCAGCAGGGUGGUCAGGGCAACGGGGUACCCCUCCCCCUACAGCCGUUGUACCUGCGUCGUCAGGGCGGAAGGAGCGGGAGGGGGGAUAGUGACGGGCUUCUGCCCCUAGUGAGGUCACACAGCGAGCCUGGCCUCAGCUCUUCUGCUGAUACAGUAUACUUCAGUGGUGGCUCAGUGGGCAGUAAAGGAGUGAGGGAGGGCUCUCAGACCUCUACAGACACAGGUCCAUCCUCCGAGGCAUGCCUACUACCCCGCUCCUCUCUGGUGCCCCCCUCAAACCUCCUCCCCAGGAAGGUUAGUGUGAAGGCAGCCACCAUGGGGCGCACCUUGCCCCUCUCCAAAGGCCCUGCCAACUCUCCCUUGCACCUGCCCAAAGAAUGCAACCGCUCUCUUGGGGACCUCAAGGUGACGAGGGGUUUGGUGGCUCGCUUCCUGCAGCGCUCCAAACGGAACCUGGCGUCCGCCGCAGAGCAUUCUGGGAACACGGGACAGGGUCAGAAAAGGAGUGGCGGGGUGGAGGGCAACGGGACAGGCCAUCUCCCUUUAGAGCAGGUGUUACGUAACUCCUGGGGGGCCAGCCAGGGAUCCCACCCGCCAUACCCUCAUCACCGUGGUCACCACCACUCCCAUAGCGACAGCCGCCACAACCGCCAUCAUAGCAACCAACCCCCUGUGAUGGAGGGGAUCCACUUGCGCAGCUGCGGCGACUUAAGCUCCUCCUCCUCUGCGUCGCUAUGGCGAUUACUGACGGCCACCCCCCCUCACGGGUCAUCAGGGGCACUGUACACAGAGUCAGCCCUGUAAGAGGGGGAGGAGGGAGGAAAGAUGGGAGGGGAUGGGGAGGAAAAGGAGAGGAGGCAGAAAGUGUACCCACACAGAGGAGAGUGGAGGCAUGGUAUGGUCUAAUGAAGAAGAGAUACAAAGGGAGGAGGAGAGGUGGAGGAUGGUAGGAUGAGUUAGACAGGUUGAGAGGAAGGAUGAAGGAACAGGCUACUGACAUAUCCUGAUGGGCGGUGGAGGGAGUCAGCACUAUGAGGAGGGAACGACUGGACCUUUGCUACAGCCUUGUUCCAAUACUUUCACCAUGCAUCCUACCGCUUUCCCUUCCUCCUUCCCCUUGGAGCCCUCCUCUGCACCUGCGCCUGGCCUUCCUUUCCUGAACUUUGACCUCUCAACUAACCUCCAACCUCCAACCUUCACCGAGCCAUACUGAACACAACUCUAUCUGUCCUCUCCAACUCCCUGGGAUCUCUCUCUAACUUCAAGAGUAAAAAGGAUGGAGAUAAGGAGUUUCCCCUAGACUCUGAGCUAUGGUCAGUUUAGUGUUUCUCCUCCUAAUGGUUAAGGUUAGGAUCAGUGGAGCAUAAGCUGAUCCUAGAGCUGUGUCUAAGGUAAACACUUUUCUGGAGCUGUGAACAUCACUCUUACACGAACCGCAUACACUCAUUAAACUGCUCACUCUUUUUCAAAACUCAAAUGUACGUUCAUUUGUCCAGCUCUUCAUCCGGAGCGAAACUCACUUUAAGUGUUUACGGAACUCACCUUUUUGUCUUCUACUCGUGAAAUGGUUAACCUUCCUUUUCUCCUGAUGACACUGUAAAAUGUACAGAAAAAUGUACCCUCGUUUUGCCCACUGACAGUGAAAGUUUAAUGGCCUGCUAGUGUCGCCGUAUGUUUACAAACUUACAUCUUUAUUAGUAUUGUAUUUUUUUUGUGGUUAUUUUUCUUGAGGUAAAAUCAACAUGUAAUCCUCAACACCCCUUACCUAGUCCAUCUCCAAACUGCCUUCUGAAGAAAGGUGCCUCGAACUCAAAACUCACACACCAUCUACCCCAAACUCAAAACUCACACACCAUCUACCCCAAACUCAAAACUCACACACCAUCUACCCCAAACUCAAAACUCACACACCAUCUACCCCAAACUCAAAACUCACACACCAUCUACCCCAAACUCAAUACUCACACACCAUCUACCCCAAACUCAAAACUCACACACCAUCUACCCCAAACUCAAAACUCACACACCAUAUACCCCAAACUCAAAACUCACACACCAUCUACCCCAAACUCAAAACUCACACACCAUCUACUCAAAACUCACACACCAUCUACCCCAAACUCAAAACUCACACACCAUCUACCCCAAACUCAAAACUCACACACCAUCUAAUCAAAACUCACACACCAUCUACCCCAAACUGACUCUUAUUACACCGGUCUAAGACAUCAUACUCCUAAACUCGGCAUUUCCUGUCUCUGAGAUGACCUUGGACAUAGCGAUUUGAUUUGCAUUUUAUGGUACAACCCCCCAUAAUGUACUCCAAAUGAAACAGGAGCCUUGUUCAAAUACUACAACUUCACUCCCUGUGUAUCAAAUCCUAUAAAAUAACCAACCUCCUCCUAAGAAUGACUUUAGCUGCAUGUUUUGGCAAUGCUUCUUACUUUUCUCCCUUUCUCUCUCUCUCUUGCAUCCAACACCUACUUGCUCUGAGCCUUUGGAAAUGUGUUAAUGUAUAGUGAAGGGGAUGGAUCAAUGUUGUGCUGUUGAACCCAGAGCCAUAGAUAUACUGGGUUCUAACUAACUAUCAUCCAUGAACUCUGAUGUGUCUGGCUCUGGCUGAACGGUUUUGUCUGAUCAAUUACACCUCAGUAUGAUUCCCAAAGCACUAAAGAGAUUCUUGCAAUAAAUGUACAGAUACGUUUGUAUAGAUGUUGGGGAUCAGAUAUUCAGGAUGGUAGUUCCAGCAAGACUUAGUGGGAACUAUGAGAAUCUGGAUAUUAUAGUCUGAUACUGGAGGUUGGUCGACAUAAAGCGUGCAGUAUUCUUAGAGGACAUACUGUCUGGAUUGGAAUAGAAAGCUGGCUAACCUCAACCCAGCCAGACAAGAGUUAUACACUCAAUGGCGAUAUUGUGAAGACUUAAGUUUUGAAUAUACAAACAAUGAUGUAUGUAACUGAUUUAAACACAACACACACACACACACACAACCACACACACACACACUCAAACACACAGAAGCACUGAGCUGUGUUAAAAAUGUUGCUAUAAUUUCUACCUCCUAUUUUGCACAUUGUAUAAUUGUAUGGCUUGAAGUGAUAGAGCCUAACUGAAUAAACAUAUUAUUCUCUUCAAUAUGAUACAUAAAUGUUCUAAUGCAAGAACUUUUAAUGCAAGUCAUGUAUUUCAACAUAUUGAAUAAAUGAUCCACAAC